AUGUGUACCAAGUAUGAUUUUAAAAACAAGGUAGCCCUGAUAACGGGGUCGAGUUCGGGUAUCGGUGCGGCCACUGCUAUACUAUUUGCCAAAAGCGGAGCCCAAGUGGUAAUCACCGGACGUAAUGUCAAUAAACUCGACAAAGUAUGCACAGAGUGUACACAUGUCUCACCAAAUGGCCUGAAAGCGGUUCCAGUGGUGGCCGACGUGACCAAAGAGGCAGAUCUCGACCGACUCCUGACCACUACUAUCGAUAGUUUUGGUAAAUUAGAUAUUCUGGUCAAUAAUGUCGGUUCAGCCACUUUUUCUCUAGAUAUGUUUACUAAAUGUCUGGCCGUUGAAUUGGGACCUAAACGUAUACGUGUUAAUUCAGUCAGUCCGGGUUGUGUUUACACGGAUGCGUUCAAGAAUUCAAACCUAGCCAUGACUGAGGCCGAGGGCCGAGCGAUUUGGGACAAAAUCGCCGCCAAUUAUCCGGUCGGACGUAUGGGCGAGAGUGUGGAUGUGGCCAAUGCCGUGGCCUUUCUGGCCAGUGAUCAAGCUAGCUUUAUUACCGGCACCAAUUUGUUGAUAGACGGCGGCCAUAUUGCCGCCAAUAUUCAAAUCGAUAUUUAA